CAGCCAGCAGGCUCUCGGAGCCAGGUGAGCUCUUCCCUGGAAUGCGAAGCAUGCGGCGCGGCAACUGGGAGGAACAGGUUUGGCAGGAGACUUGAAGCUCUUCACAGCAGACAGCCUCUUCAGAGCCACAUCCCUGCUUUACCCACCUCCCAGCCCGAUGCUCCUCUCUGCCACACUGGCCCUGGUGAGCCGGAGAGGAUGGACACGCUGCGGAGGAGCCUUUCCCGCUGGAAGAGGUACCACAUUAAGGUGCACCUGGCCGAUGAGGACCUGAUGAUGCCCCUGACGGUCAAGCCCAGGGACACGGUGAUGGACCUGCGGGCUCACUUGGUGCGGGAGGGCGUCACUUCCUGGAAGAAGACGUUUUAUUACAACUCCAGGCAGCUCGAGGAGCACGAGACUCUCAAAGAAGCCAAUAUCCAGAAUGGCUCCGUCCUGCUUCUUGUCAGCAAUAAAAGAUAAUGCCAAAGAGCACAGCCAAAGCCAUGAGAGCUGGGGAGCGUGACAAGGGCUGAAGGGAAGCAGAUGGAAGAGAGCUUGGCCACGGAAAGGCAGCCCCAGCACCGGUAAGUCCCUCCCCGCACGCCGGCUCCAGGACUGUUCGGAAGCAGCUCCCAGUGUUUUCAGCAGUGAAUAAUGCCCAUGAAUAAGGAACCCAAACAGAACAACAAAUAACGUUUCCUCAUGCGCUCUCGGCUGCCAAAGGAGAAGUGUGGGCAAGACUGACUCAGCUCCCGAGGGCAGUGAAUCAGAGAGAAAUGCCCCUCAAAGGGCGACUUCUGCCUGGGUGAUGAAGCGAGAGGGAGCAGAGGUGGACUUUGCUUAGGGCCCGAGAUGGGGACUUUGGACAUGAGCCUCCUUCCGACCCUCCCGACGGGGAUUCCUCAGAGGAGCUGGGUUGGUUGCUGUCCUUCAACUGAUGGAUCUUAUCAUAUAGGAAAAAGAAGGAGGAAGGAAAGAAAGGCAAACCACGUGGAAACAGCCACAGGUACAGCAUAAAGAGAGGUGUGGACAAGGCCGAAGACCAAAGCUAAAAGGUGCUUGAGCUCCUGUCUGCAUGCCAGCCUCAGUGUAUUGCGAGAUGGAGACGCCUGCAACUUCGCACGCUGUACUAUGGAUGGGAUUUCUUCUUCAUCUUUGGGAUCCUGCUGUUGAUGGGGCAUCCCGGACAGGAUUACUGACAG